AUGCUUUGCCAGAUGGACAGGAUGAUUGUUCCCACCCUCAUGGGAAUUUACCUCUUCGCAUACUUGGAUCGCGGCAACAUCGGAAAUGCUCGCCUCCAAGGAUUGCCUCAAGAUCUUCUUAACGGUGAUGCUUCGGGUCAACUCUUCGCAUGGCUUAGCGCUGCUUUCUAUUUCGCCUAUGUCGUCUUCCAGUAUCCAACCACUAUCUACGCCAAGAAAUUCAACCAACAUUACUGGAUCGCUACAGCUUGCUUCGGUUGGGGCUUGGUCAGCUUACUUCAGGCGACGGCGUUCAAUUUCGGGUCCAUCUUCAUGUGCCGCUUCACCAUCGGAUUCUUCGAGUCCAUGUUCGGCCCGAACAUUGCUGCCUAUUUCACGUAUUUCUACACUCGUGAGGAAAUCGGUAGGCGUAUUGGUGUGUGGUGGGCAACCGCGUCCGUUGCCGGCGCCUUCGGUGGUCUCCUUGCAUAUGGCGUCCAACACAUCCAAUACAAGUUCAACCCCUGGCGAUUCCUCUUCAUCAUUGAGGGUGUCCCUGCCAUGCUCAUCGGCGUUGCCAUCCCAUGGAUCUUGCCCGAUCGCCCUGAAGAAUCCAAGCAUUUCAAUGCUGAGGAGCGUGCUCUUGCCAUUGCUCGCAUGAAGCGCGGUGGCACACCCGAGACAGCCCGCACGCUCUCUUGGCCUCAUGUCCGGAUGGCGAUCUAUGACUGGAAGAUCUACUGCGCUGGUAUCACGUACUUUGGCACAAACUGCGCGUUAUCUGCUCUGGGCUCUUUCUUGCCUACAAUCAUAAACCAGAUGGGUUACUCUGCAGCAAAUGCGCAGCUUUUAACUGUUCCUCCUUAUGCUGUCGGUGGUUUGUCUCUGUGCGUAAUGAGCUUUGUGUCCGACCACUACUAUAAUCGUGGUAUUCCCAUGAUUAUCUUUACAGCCAUUGGCGGUACUGGAUACCUUAUCCUCUGCGUCGCUCAGACUUCCAACGUCGCUGCGCGGUACGCUGCCACUUUCCUUGUCACCAUGGGUACCUACACUUGCAUUGGAAUUGCAAUUGCAUGGUUCCCGUUCAACAUGGGCUCAGAAUCUAAGAGAGCAAUGGGAAUUCCCAUUUGGCAGUCCAUUGGACAGUGUGGCUCCAUUCUUGGAUCUUACAUUUAUCCGAACACCGAUGCACCCCGCUUCAUCCGCGGCUUUGCAGUCACUUGUGGUCUCUUCUACUUUUCGACUGUCGUAGCCAUCGUCCUCAGCGUUUAUAUCUACUACGAGAACGCACGUCGUGACCGCGUGUAUGGCAAGGUAGAUCCGAAUGCCGAGGUCGACACGUCAGAGCUGGCCGACUAUGCUCCCAACUUCCGGUAUGUCCCUUGA